AUGGAAACUAUUGAAAAGCACAAUUUGAGGGGGAAAGGGACACGGGACCUUUUACUGUGCAAAGUGAAGCUUGGGCAAACCAACUUUGAAUUCCGCACAAAAGCUUCUCCAGCUGCUUCAGGAAGAUACAAGGGUUUUAGGAGAAGGCUGGGACAGUUCAGAAACGCAGGCUUAGGUGAGGAAGAGUUAGAGGAACUGAAGGCUGAAGAAUUCAAAGAAUUCAACAGGGUUUGCGUGACAUAUUCAAGUGAAAGAAAUGAGAGAUUUAUGGUUUUGGGGAGCAAUUCUUCUCACAUGGAUUUAAAGGAAAAAGGGUACCCAUAUUGGUUCAGGAACAAGGUAUUGGGAGAGGGAGAGGGGAUAACCAUUACCUUUGCAGCUAACUUGAUCAGCUACAGGGCUGGGGGCGAUUGGAGUACAACCUACGCUCCUUCUCGUUCUAUAUGA